GGAAAAAAUGGUGGAAUCAAACACCACCUUAGAACUCUUUUAAACCGUAGCUAAACAUGAAAAUCCUGCACUGUCAUCUCCUUGUGUACAAAUGAAUAGUUUAGCCAUGGCAGCAGCAACUGCUGUUUACCCUCUUUCACUCACGACUUCUCGUCACAACUGUUUUCCGCCUACUACCCUAACAUUUUCCAAAAGGCCCUCCUCGUCCCUCCAAUUUUCUUUCCAAUCCCAAUACGACGCCAGUGCAGAUGUACAAGAGGAAGAUAGCGUCAUCGGCGACUGUCUUGUCUUUGAGGAAGGCAUUUUUGAUGACCCAUUUCUCCAAAAAAGCCCCGACUUCAGAAAUGGUGAAACCCAAAUCAGUACAAGUAAAAUUAGUAAAAGUAGAUGUAAAAUUGAUAAAACAGAGAUUAAUCAAGAAAACUUGAUUCCAGAAAAAUGGUUGGAAAUUCAGAGGGAAAUUAGCAUCACGAAGAAGGAGAGGCGAAAGCUCGCACAACAACUGGAGUACGGAAAAAAAGUGGAGAAGAGAAGGCAAGGGCUGAGACCUAUCAGUAUAGAGGAUUUCAACAAAGUUAAGGAUGACAAAUUGAAUAUUCCUACAACCUUGAUAUCUCUGUGUCCAUCAAUAUCCAGCAUCCUGACCUUCAGCAUUUUGUUCUGUCAUUCUACUGAAGUAGGUACAAACAAAUUGUUCACAAAGGAGGAAAAGUUACUACUGAAUAGGCGGAUCCCUGAUCUCGCAGUUGCUACCUCUGGGAAAUGGCAUCCCGUACAUACUCUUGCUGCCUCUGGAGAAUUUUACCUCAUGACUUCUUUGUUAAAACAUGAUGUUGAUAUUAACGCCCUGGACAAGGAUGGAUUGACUGGGAUUCACAAAGCAAUACUUGGGAAAAAACAGGCUAUUUUUAACUGUCUUCUGAGAGAAUCAGCAAAUCCCUUUAUUCGUGACAAAGAAGGGGCUACCUUAAUGCACUAUGCAGUUCGCACAGCUUCAAGUCAGAUGAUAAAAAUUCUUUUAUUGUACAACGUUGAUAUAAACCUUCAGGAUAAUGAUGGGUGGACAGCAUUACAUCUUGCUGUUCAAUCCCAUAGGACAGAUAUAGUGAGGCUAUUGUUGAUUAAGGGAGCCGAUAAGACCAUAAAGAACCAGGACGGAUUAACUCCGCUUGACCUUUGCCUCUACGCUGGAAGAGACAAGAGAACUUACGAACUAAUCAAGCUGAUCAAAAGGGUCCCAAAACGUCCCAUUAUCUCAUAAGACAGCAAUUUCACCUUCUCUUUUGUGGGCAAGCAUUGCCCUAAAAUGUCAUUUCCGUAUCUCUGCCUAUGAUCGAUUCGGUCAAUCGCGAAGCGGAUGCAUAUUAUCACUUGAUGUAGCGUCAGGUUUAGAAGUACUUGCUUCUCAGCUGUUUUAUGAUGUCAUAUCACUAGCUCUGUAAUGAUUUUGUAGGCAAAAGUUAACUAAGGGUCCGUUUGAUUGUAAAGAUGGAAUUUAGGUGGAAAAAAAACGAAUUUC